AUAAAAGUCUAAUGCAUAUAUUUCUUUGUUUCAGUAUAUAACAAUCAAAAUGCUUUUUUAUUCGUUUUUUAAAUCACUUGUUGGUAAAGAAGUCAUUGUAGAGCUAAAGAAUGACCUUAGUAUUUCUGGAGUUCUAGAUUCUGUUGAUCAAUACUUAAAUAUAAAACUGACAGAUAUAAGUGUAACAGAUCCUGAAAGAUAUCCGCAUAUGUUAUCUGUAAAGAACUGCUUUCUGAGAGGUUCUGUGGUUAGAUAUGUUCAGUUGCCGCCAGAAGACAUAGAUGUAUCACUACUACAAGAUGCUGCUCGAAAAGAAGCUGAACAACAGAGGAAACAGAAAGAUACUAAAGAAAAAGAAUAAAAUAGAUAUUCUGUUGUGUUGAAAUUACUUUUAUGCAAUGCAGAAAUGUGACUUUUACAUAUUUCCUAUGAUAUAUGUAAGGUAACUUUUUAUUCUUGAAAAUAAAUUUUUAUUUGGGAUAAGAUAUAUAUACUGCUAAUGUUGCGUUCAGUUGUAAAAUCUUGAGAGUAAACAAAGAUUUUUAUUUA